GGCAGCCGGGGUUAGAGACUUGGAAGAGGCGGGGGCUACCGGAAAGCACAUGAGCUUUGUCCCUUUCUUCCCGCUCUUCUUCUUCUGGGCUUGGUAGCAGCAGCGGGGGCAGCCCGGGACCUGGUGUAUGGCCACAGAGUUACAGCGUCUGGACUCCAUGCCCUGUCACAACCAGCAAGUAAACUCUACUUCAGCCCCGGGUCCCGAGUGUCUGAGCCCCGACGACCAGAUUCUGAACCAUGCAGAGGAAAAUAACGCCGCGAUGGCUAAACUGACCCUCCUCCCCGGGCACGCCCAUUCUAGCGAGCAGUCCGAGCGGGACACUCGGGCCUGUGGCAGCGCCAGCCUUAACCUAGAGGACCACAAUGAUAGUAGUGACAGUGGCAACUAUGACGCACCUGUGGGCGACCACCUCUUGGGGGACUGUGAACUCUCCCAUCAGAUUGGGACGCAGCUUAAGCUGCUGCCUAUGAACGAUCAGAUCCGGGAGCUGCAGACUAUCAUCCGGGACAAGACAGCCAGUAGAGGGGACUUCAUGUUUUCUGCGGAUCGUUUGAUCAGACUUGUUGUGGAAGAGGGCUUGAACCAGCUGCCAUAUAAAGAAUGCAUGGUGACCACUCCAACAGGACACAAGUAUGAAGGAGUGAAAUUUGAGAAAGGAAAUUGUGGGGUCAGCAUAAUGAGAAGUGGUGAGGCAAUGGAACAAGGUUUACGAGACUGCUGUCGAUCCAUACGAAUUGGCAAGAUCCUGAUUCAGAGUGAUGAGGAAACACAAAGAGCCAAAGUAUAUUAUGCCAAGUUCCCCCCAGACAUUUAUCGCAGAAAAGUCCUUCUGAUGUAUCCAAUUCUCAGCACUGGAAAUACUGUAAUUGAAGCUGUAAAGGUUCUUAUUGAGCAUGGUGUUCAGCCCAGUGUUAUUAUCCUUCUCAGUCUCUUCUCCACUCCUCAUGGUGCCAAAUCAAUCAUUCAAGAAUUUCCAGAGAUCACAAUUUUAACUACUGAAGUUCAUCCUGUUGCACCUACACAUUUUGGACAGAAAUACUUUGGAACAGACUAAGUUAUUGAAGGAAAAUGAAAUAUCUUGUGUGAUAUUACAGUUAUAUAUGGAUUUUAUAUUUGUUUUACUAAUUCGUUUAAGAAAUGAUGAAAAAAUAUUAAAUAUGCCAUUUAACAUUGGAAGUAUAUAUAGUAAAAAGAAAAUACUUGAA